AGUCAUGAGAAGCCGUGGAGUGGGAGAUGAAGAAGUCUUCAAACUAAUCGAUUGUCUCGAGCACAUAUCGACGUCAGUAAUAUACCCCGAGAACGAAUCCCAAGAAAACGUAUUGUUGACGCCCGUUGGACUGCUUCGUGGUUUUGGGCAACGUUCACAAUUUAAACAAUGCUUGCUUGAGGUGCAGGCAGUUGACUAUGCUGCUAUGAAGCUUUCUAACAACAUAGGAUACUUCCAGGGAAUGAACCCACCAGCAUUAUGGUUAUUAUUGAUGUGUUCCCCUCCACCACGAAGCUCAUUUUCGAGGCAAAGGGAUCAGAAAUGGAUGAAAUUUCCUGCACCUACUUCUCCGAAAUGGUUACGAUCCGAAUGAAACCCAAUGUGUCCCAGCUUGCAGUCAUACAGUCAGGAUAGACAUUGGGCCAGACCCUUGGGCGGGCCGCCCUUUUACAUACCUUUCUUUCCCAUACGCGCCUGCAAUGUGUCAACAACAUUUGAUACCGUCAUCUGCUUGGUCAGAUUAUUUGAUGAACUGUGGUAUUUGCGGACAUUUCGGUCCUCGACGCCGAGUAGAAAGCAUGAUUGAUCGCCACUGCGAAACCUUUGGUUUGGGCCUCUCUGGUUACCUCGAAUUUGCGCUCGAGAAUGGUAUUUAUUCACUCUUACUCCAUCACGGCGCCGAUCCGAAUGCGCACCCUACACCUUUCACUUCAGCCUGGACUGACUUUGUUCGUUUCGGUAUUAAAUACCCGUCAAUAGUUACUGCUCCUGGUCCUUAUCUUAAAACACUGGAUGACUUCUUCAAGUACGGAGCGGACCUAGGUGUUUUGACAGUCGGAUUGACUUUGCGUCCUGGGGAUGCUUCAAGCCACUUACCGCUUUGUAUGAUCACUGGCUGGAGCACAUUUUGCGAGGCUUUGGAAGAUCUCCCCGGAUUCAAAACAGAAAAGGAGCUCAAAUUUAUUUCCCAGAUUACCACGAAGAUGAUUAAGCAAGCAAUGAAGACUCGGUGGCCUCUGGGAAGGCUACCAUCAAUCAUAAGGAAAGUCUUCCCCGAGGCGCCAUCAACCAAUGCUCUCUAUAAUCACUGCCAGUCAAAUAGGAGUGCUGACCUCAAGACUCGGUGUAAACGGCUGUCUGAAGAAAACCUCACGCUGGAGAGGAGAGCAAGCGUUUGAAAUUACGCUCAGCUGAUGUGAUGAUGUCUCAAUCGUUAAUUACCCAUCUAUAUCAUUGCGAUACAACAUCCUUUUUUUACGUCUUAUUUGAUGGGGUUCAAGCAAAGGAGGACUAUCUCAGCUAUGAAUAUUUCGAUAUGCCACUAGAUUGCUAUCGAGACGGGUCCAAAAAUGGGUGAUUUGGCGUUCCAACAUUUAUCUAUCUUCCUAUCUAGUUCUAUUAUAGAAGAAACUUGGCUAGGUAUUGUACUCACGAUUUUCAUUUGAACUCGAUUUGCUCUUAUCGUACGAUCUCCCCGGAACACCCGUCUAGCUCCCCGACCGUUUGA